AUGGGGGACAAUAAGCUCAGCCUUUUGCUGCUGCUAUGCACUACAGUCUUGACAAAUGCUCAAGAUGAGGAGACACCAUGUCUAUUGGCCAAAAGGUACAAGAGCUUUCACAAGUAUGAAUACAGUUAUGAAACGGAGUCCCUAAAUGCCCUGAAUGGAGCAACCAAUGGCCCCAAGGCUAGCUGCAAGGUUGAAAUUGAAGUCCCGGGCACAUGCAGCUACAUUGUGCGAACAACUAGCUGUACAUUGAGUGAGGUAACCAAUGUUGAUGGUGAAGGAAAGCCUGUCUUUGGGCCAUCUGCUGGUGCAGAUACCUUCAGGGCUGCCAUGGAGAAGAACCCACUUAAGUUCACCGUUGAUGAAAAGAAUGAGAUCAAGUUGUUCCCUGAGGAUGAUGAGCCAAUCAACAUUCUGAACAUCAAGAGAGGUCUGAUCUCUGCCCUUGCCGUGCCUUUGCUUGAAGAAGAACAAAACAAGAGAAUGCCCACCAUCUAUGGCUUGUGUAAGACUGGCUACUCUGUGAAUGCCAGAGAGGAUAUUGCCACUGAUGUGACUCUGAACAGAGACCUGUCCAAAUGUGACAAUUUCAGGCCCAUCAAAGACCACACCAGCCCUCUAGCCCUUAUCACAGGCAUGCACUACCCCCUUACUCACCUGAUCAGGAGCAGCCAAAUUUGCAACUAUAAGUUUGAUAAUGCACAGAAGCACAUGACCUCUGGUGUUUGCAAUGAAAACCACAUUCUUGUGCCUUUCUCUUACAAAGGUCAGUAUGGAGUUACUAAUGUUGGAAAACAGUCUUUGACUUUGGUGGGAGUGACUACACACAAUGACAGAAUUUUUGAACACAAUGUUGCCAACAUGAGGACCCUGCAUCUCGAUGGCAGUGCUGACACAGUUCAUCCAAUUGCGGAUAAGGAAGACAUGCUGGCUGUUCUGAGGGAACUGACUGGUCUUUCCGGUACCAAAAACGGACACAAAAGAGCCCACUUGGCUCACAAACUUGUGUCUGUAGUCCGCAAAAUGAAUGUUGAGGCCCUGACUGCUGGCCUACCAGACGCCCUGGAGAUUUCUCGGCCCCUGAUGUACCAGGUGUUGUUUCAGUGUGGAACACCAGAAUGCAGCAGUGCCAUCAUGCAGGUCCUCAGGACCUUUGACAGUUCCUCAGUAGAGAUUGAUGCUGCUGUGUAUGCUUUGGGAAUGGUACCCAACCCUUCCAGAGCCCUUGUCAAGGAAAUGCUGGAGAUGGCCAAAUUCAAGGCCAGCAAGCCCAUCUAUUAUGCUCUCAGUAAUGCCGUUAGAAGGCUCUAUGAAGCUGAAGGAAAUGUCACCCCUGAGAUCCAGGCAGUGGCCGAUUAUGCCCUUGAACAGAUUGGUGAUUGCACAGGGAACCCGGAACAAAUAUACUUGUCCCUAAGGGUCAUUGGAAAUAUGGCUGCUGCUGUUGGAGCCGCAAGCCCUGCUUUGAAAUCAGCAAUUACACAGUGUGUAAACCAGCCGUCUGCAACACCCGAGGUCCAGCAAGCUGCUAUUCAAGCUUUUAGACUGACGUCUGUCCCUGAAGAGGGCAGAAAGGUAUUCAUGCAGGUUCUUUUGGAUGGAGCUGCUCCAAUGCAAAAUCGCAUUGCUGCUUAUCUCAUUCUUAUGAAGGAGCCUCAGCCCUCUGAACUGGCUCAGUUGAUCGCUGCUCUGCCUAACAAUGGAAACGUUCAGGUCAUGAGCUUUGUUAACUCACACCUGAACAACAUCCUGAGCUCCAAGGCACCAGAGACCAGAGAACUUAGAGAAAAGAUUCUUAAUGCCCUCCAAGGCAAUGAGAUUGUAGCUGUCAUGGAUCCAACCAAGUACUCCCGCAAUUACAAGAUUGGCUCUCUAGAGGGAAAUGUAAUUUUUGAGUCUGAAGACCUUGUACCUAAUGAAGUCAUACUGGACAUGACCCUGAAUGCUUUUGGAUAUGACAUAGACAUGUUUGAGAUUGGGUUUAAUGGUAAGGGACUCGAACCAACUAUUGACGCCUUGAUUGGUAUUGAUGGAUUCUUCCGUGACACCAUGCAAAAGACCAUCAACUAUGCUGCUGACAAAAUGCCCAAAGGCAAUGAAAUUCUGGAGAGCAUGUUCCCAAAACUAUGGAAUGAAAUCAAGAUGAAACAGGGCCCUCAGAGCAUCAUCAAGGAAGUAACUAAUAAUGUUAACAAGCUCAUCCAGAAACUGAAGGCUCAGGAAAACCCAGAAGCUAUGAUCUACCUGAGGCUUCUGGGUGCUGAACUUGGCUAUCUCAAAACCAAGGAUGUGGAGGAGAUGGCCUAUUCUGCUGCUUUGCUGACCAAUAGCCUCGUAAAGAUGUUCCCGACUGAUUUCGUCAAAAGCCUGUUUUCAAGUGCCAACAACGACCUUUUCCUUCACUACAUCUUCAUGGAUAAUGAGUUCUAUCUACCUACUGGUUCUGGAGUUCCACUGAGAAUUGCUUUGUCUGGUACUUUUGCUCCAGGAGUAAAGGGAGGACUUAAAUUUGGACGUGACAUGAGCGAGAUCGCCUUCAUGCCAUCUGCCGGCAUUGAGUUUGUAACUGAGGUUGGAGCUCUCUUACCUGAAUACGUUCAGUCUGGUCUGGAGAUGCAUACCAACAUUUACCAUGAGAGUGGCAUGAGAGCAAAGGUUGCCGUGUCCAACAAGCAGGUCAAGCUGACCAUUCCUGCACCCCAAGAUCCAACUAAGAUCUUCAGUAUGACCAACUCUUUGGUGUCAGUGAGCGGUACUGAAACAAAGACCAUUCCUGUGUUAAUGGAUCAAGUCAAAAUGAAAGAAUGCACCCCUUUCAUCCCUGGUGUAAAUUACUGCAGUGAUUUGCAGUAUUCUGAUGCCUACUCCAGUGAUGCCGCUCCCUACUUUCCCUUAACUGGUGAUAGCAAAUUUUCCAUCGAGCUCCACCCCACUGGUGAGGUUUCCGAGUACACGGCUACCCUCGAUUAUGCAUCUGAAGAUAAGGUUGACAAAGUGACUUUUGCUGUGAAGGCAGAAGGAACAUCCUUUGAGGGUACAGCCAAAGUAAUGUUCGACAGACAGAAAUACAGCGUGUCCUCUGAUUUCCAAGUUCCUGACUACGACCUGGAAGCUGGAAUCAGGAUUGGUCCUGUUGACCCCAGCACUAAGGGCAAAGCCACACAUUCCAUCCAGAUUGACUUCAUCAACAAGAAAAUACCCCAAGCAUCUCUUAUUGGCCUUGCUAAGAUUGAGGCGAUGAAGGAUGCCAUGCUAGUGGUUCAGCUGCUCGUCCCUAAUCUUCAGACUAAUGCUAAAGUAACUGCAAACUUAAAUUGUGUCGAUGGCCUCACAUUAGAGCUGGAGAGUGACCUUAAGAUUCCCAAGACGUCCUCUGUGCAGAAAGUCAUUCUAAAAUAUGAUGCUGAUAAGAUUGAAGCUGAGGUGAAAUCUGACAUGAGCUCUGAGAUUGAUACCAUCAAAGCUGUGGUCAGAGAUUUUCUUGACCAGAAAGUUGGUCAGUCUGAAAUGACCAUCAAUGAUAUCUUGAUCAAAUCAGUUGAGGGCACAAAUGGCUACCUAGAACAAUAUGCUGCCGGCAUCCCAUUUAUUGAAAACUUAAGGGUUCCUGCCGUCUCUGAAUUCACUCUGCCAGAAAAGCUGUUCCUGAAUGCUGAGGGGGCUGCCAAAUACAAGUUCAGCCAGAAAUAUUACACCAUCCACAUCCCCGUUCCUUUUGGUGGUAAAUCUUCUGGAGAUUUGAACAUCACUGCUACCAUAACCACACCAGACUUUGAAGUACCUCAGCUUGGCCUACAAGUUGCUUCCGCUAGCAUUACUCUUCCAGAGUUUUUUGUUCCAGAGAAGCUGCCGUUGACGCUGCCUGUUCUUGGGAUGGCAGAGUUCUCCAGCAAACUGAACAGCAACCUCUACAACAUGGAGGCUACUGUUUCUGCCGGCAAGGAACCCGAGAACCCAACUUAUUCUACUAAGUUUGAAGUAACUGGAAGCAGCCCAGUGGAUAUCCUGUCUCUAAAAGUUGAAGGAUCUGCUUCACUGAUUGACACACCUAGUGACUCUUUCAAAGUUGAGGUGAAAACUGCUGUCAAUCACAAGCUUCUUGAUGUCAGUGUUUCAUUCCUUGGCGAUGUGAAACCCGCUGCAAAAAUCACAGUGAAGUCAAGCAGCAAGAUUGAGGCAACCAGCCCCCUGGGUCUGAAGGUUUCUCUGGAACAUACAAGCCAGGCUGGACUCAAUAUUAAGGAGAUCUCUGGAGAUGGAAACCUGGUGGGAUCUAUCGUGAUUGGUCCUCUGAAUGUCGAUGCAACUCUCAAGCAGUCACUUGUUCUCCAUCCAUUCAAGCCAGCAGGAAAAAUUGAUUCCUCUCUAGAGGUAAACUCAAACUUGCUCAGUGCACGGAAUAUCUUUGAGGUUGCUCUUGAUAAUGGAGAGUUUAAUGUGGUAUCAAAAACAACUGCAUUUGAAGACAGUCUGACACACAAUGUUGAAGUCACCUAUAAGGAGUCUCUGCUUGCUUUUAAGUCAAAUGCAAAGGCUUUCGACCUGAGCAUUCGAAACAUUGCUGAGGCUAGCGCUAGAUCUGACAGAGUUAAUUUUAAGAUUGAGGCUGCUGCUGACAGGUAUGAAGAUCUCAUCGAGUCCCGCUUUACAGCAGAUCUGGAUGUCAACGGGUUCGAUGUAAAAAAUGUUGCCUCUGCAAAGCUGGCUGAAUAUAAAGCUUCCCACAAUUGUAGCCUGUCUCUGAACAAGGAUGGCUUGGGGAUGCAAGGCACAACCUCACUGCAAAGCCCUCUGACAUUUGAGAGCAACUUCAACGGCACCCUUGAUACAUCAAAGCUUUCCCUGUCUACUGUGACAAAAGGUGACUUUGGUGAGAUGACAAACUCACUGUCUGCAUCUCUGUCCUCUGUUGCUUUCACCUCCAAAGCAGAAGCCAACGUUGCACAUGGAACAUCAUAUGCUCAUGACAUCUCCCUUCAGAUGGAGCAUAAUAAGGCUUUAAUGAACAUCAACAAUAAUCUGACAGUUUUGCAUGUCAGCCUGAUUAAUGAGGCCCAGAUGAAGGCACAUCCAUACAAAGCUGACCUGACUGGCAGUUUGAGGCUUGCCUAUGGUGAGGAGGAACUGAAGCACACGUAUGAGAUUGGAUACGCAGAUCUGGUUACAACUGCAAAGUGCAGUGUUGCUGGUAAACUGAUGGGAUCUCACCUAAUCCAAAACACAGAAAUAGACAUUUCUGGACUUGCACUCACAGUCAGAAAUGCUGCCCGUUUCAACUCUCAGCCCAUACGCUUUGACAAUACCUUUCACGUCACUGCUCUUCCAUUCAGCCUCAAUGUUGAUGCCAUCACCAACGCUGACAGUGACGUGAGUUUGUAUGGAAAACACAGCACCCAAGUUUACUCAAAGUUUCUCCUAAAGGCAGAGCCAUUUGCGUUUGCACACUCUCAUGAAUGUAGACUCUCAACGACUCAGAAUCUAGACAAUGGUGUAUCAAUUGAAACCAACCUUGAUAAUAAGAUUGACACUCUGCUGACACCCUCAGAGCAGAAGGCCACAAUGAGAAUGGAAUCUAAGGUAAAUUGCCAUGUCCUUACCCAAGAUCUACGGCUUUAUAACACCCCUGAAAGGCUUGGACUAGAAAUGUCUGGAUCCAUGAUCACCAACCUCUUCAAUACAGUUGACUCCGAAAAGCAAGACCACUUUCUCUCAGCCUUCUUAAAAUAUGAUAAAAAUGCGAACAGCCAUGUUAUCAACCUGCCAUUAAUGGAGUACAUCCCUAGAGUCCUUGAAAGAAUUAAAUUGACAGUUAUUACAGUUGCGGAGUCCCUGCAGUAUCACAUCAACUCUGUAGAUAUUCAGAAGCUUCCAGAUCACUUGAGAGAUUUUAUGAGUGAUAUAAAUCUAGAGGAAAGACUGAACCGAAUGAGACAGGAAUUGAUUAGUCUUAAUCAGAAAUAUGGAAUCACUCAGGAGGAACUGGAUGCUUCUCUGGACAAUCUAAGGACUGUUGUACUGAAGCUAUUCACUAACCUGGGCACUUAUGCGAAUGAGAUUGCAAAAAUGAUGAAAGAAGUGAUUGCACUGUCUGACACAGCUGUACUAACAGAGACCUUCAACGCAUUCAAUGAGAAAUAUGAAGUGAAAUCCAUGGUUCUCGAAGUCGUUAAGGCCAUUAAAGAUGUAACUGAAAAGAUUGACAUGGGGAAACUGAAGGACACCAGCUUUGCCUUCUUGCAUGAUCUUGAUGAACAGUACGAAAUCAAAUCUUACCUGGAGGAGACUGUGGUUGAACUGAAGGAGAUGGUUGAGGAUUUUGAACUAGCGAGGUUUAUUGAGGAUUUGAAGGACUUUGUUAUUGUGGAUUUGAAGGACUUCCAAGAAUUUAGAGACUUUCUAGUAGAGGAAAUCAACGAAAUGAUUGACUAUGUAAAAGAACUCUUCACUGAAAUUGACAUCAUGAAAGGGUUGAAUGACUAUGUGAGAGAAAUUCUGGCAGAAUUGGAGGUCGACAAGUUGAUCAGUGUGGAUGAGCUUACCAAAGUGAUUGAACAGGCAGUUCAGGUUUUUACCAGCAUUGUGCAAACAGUUCAGAACCUUGUGAGAGAAGUGUUAAAUAAGCCCAUCAGAUAUAUGAGGGGAACAGAGAUAAAGCAAAUGAUUGAGCACUUGAAUGAUUGCAUUGAAAAUUUCAUAAAAAAUGUCAAAUCAUUUGACUACAAUACAUUUGUGGAGCAGGCCAACAGGAAACUCGAGAACAUUGCAUUUGAUCUAAAUUUCCUGAUUAUGGGACUUGAGAUCCCGCAAAAACUUGAAAAUGCCAGAGAAUUCGCCAACUAUGCUCUUUCCUCAGUAAAAGGCUUUAUGGAUUUUCUUAAGACAGAAGAAGUUGCUGAUCUGAUUGAUGGAAUAUUAAAUCCAAUUGAAACGCAUUUGAGAGACUGUGCAGUCCUCAAUGGUAUUAGGGCAUUUUUAGAAAUGCUAAAAGACAAACUUAUUACCAUCGACAUGGAAGGGGAAAUUUAUAUUCCAGAGUUUUACAUUCCAGGAUUCUACAAUAUAGAGGAAACCACAAUUAACUUUGAUGAUAUUGAGGAUUACAUAAGAGACAUUCUUAACUAUAUUAUCAGUUUGACUGAAGUGCGCAUGUUUGAUGCUGAAGAUUACUUUGGCAACCUUAAACUUAACUUCCUGCCAGAGUUUCCUGUCAUAACACUGCCGGAGGUCAAACUUGAACCGAUCUCCUUCCCUGUCAUCUCCAAAUUUAUUGACAAGCACCAAUUCUCAGAUCUUAAGAUCCCAGAAUUUAAACUCCCAGCAUUCCCCUACGAGCUUACCAUGCCGUGCUUCGGAAAGUUGUACGGUGAAGUUAAAGUCAACACUCCUAUUUUCACCAUGAGAACUACUGCGGAAUUCUACAAUUCCACUGACAGUCCAGAAACUCCUCAUUUCACAGCAUCCGUUAACUCACAAGGAACAUCUGAAUAUGAGAUGCUCAAGUAUAGCCUGGAUUCCACAGCUCGGGUUGCUGUCCCUAAAAUGAGUCGUUUGAUCGUUGCUGAGACCCUGAGAAUCACUCAUAGUGCCCUAGGUGUUGAUCAUCAAGCUUCAGUGACACUCUAUGGCUUAUCAGCCCAGACUUUAGCCAGAACCACGGUGAAGGUAAACACUGCACCAUAUAGUGCUAACAUUCUCAAUACUGUACACUUCGCCCUGGAGGAUGGAAUGUCUGCAAAUUUUAAAACAGUCUAUGAUGACAAGGUAAACAGUCCUCUGCUCAUAAAGGCCAUUCAGCAUUCUCAUACUCAUGAACUAACUGCUCGCCAAGAUGGCUUAAAUUUUGUUCUGAACUUUAAAGACGAGGGAAAAUUGUUUACGCUUGACCCAUCUGAUGAGAUGACCUACAAGGAAGAGCUGAGUCUUAAUAUUAACCCAGUGAAGUUCACACUAACUUACUUUGGAGAUAUUGACAGUGUAUAUUUUAAAUUUAAGGAGACAGCAAAUGCUGAAGCUGUUGCCUUGAGCCACAUUGACUUUAAGAGCCAUAUUGCUUAUAGUUCUGAUUCAGGGUCCUCUUUCUUGAUGGAUGCUGCAGGGAAGGCUCAUCUCAGAGAAAUGAAAGUAGAGUUGACCUUAACCCAUGACACAAAACUCGCCGGAUUACUCACUGCUAACUUCUACAACUACUUGAACUUUAUAAUGCAUCCCACUGAUGUGGUACUUGAUUUCCAGAACAGGGCUAAUGCCAAGGUGAGCAUCUCAGAGUUAUAUCUGUCAGCCAAGAUGGAUUUAAUGAAUAAUUACACCAUGACACUAAAUAGAAACAUGCAACGCAUGAGCACUGUGGCACUUGCACGCUUCGACCAGGUAAAAUAUAGUCACAACUUUACAUUUGAAAACAACAAGGCUGAAACUGGCAUUUAUGCCGCAAUGAAUGCAGAUGCCGAUCUACAAUUCCUAACCAUCCCAUUUAGCUUUCCAUCUAUCCCACUUGAUACACCAUUCGUGGAUUUCACAACUGAAGAAAUCAAAGAUAUCAACCUAUUUGAGCAUACUGGCCUUAAAAACUUGUUGACCACUACUGAUCAGAGCAUUGAUGUAGAUGCAAAGAUUGUCUACCAGAAGAGCAAAACUCCACCCAUAAUUGAACUUGGCCUUAUCUAUGUACCUUCUCUGGGAAAUCUGAUUUCUGAGCUGUCUUUCAAGUCCUCAGUUUUCAACCUGAAUACUAACGCUGGUCUCUAUGGGGAGGAUAACCUUGUGAUUCGCUUUGGUGGUACAUCUACCUCUGUGUUUGAAUGUCUGAAGGCCAAGCUUGAAGGAACCAGCAGCCUAAGCACCAAAAGUGGAUUAAAAUUAGCCACUACUGUGGUCCUGGAAAAUGUCCACAUAAAAGGAACCCAUAACAGCAUUGCCACUAUGAAUACAAAUAACUUGGAAGCAGCACUGUCUACAGGCACAUCUGGAGAUAUUAACCUCCUUGUUCUUAAAGCUAAAGUCAACCACAAACUCGAUGCUGACAACAAGCCACUUUCAAUAGUAGUUUCAACUCUGAAGACAGAGUAUACUUUUGACAUUCCUAUUAUUGAGCUUGUUGGAAAUGGAGAUGCUGAAAACACACUGAAAUUUGAAGGGGCUUUUAAUUUCAUCUCUGCUGAGACGACCACGAAGGGUAAAAUAACUGGAACAUUCCUGGAUGGCGGCACCUUGAACGGAGUUCUGAAUAACGACGAAUCCAUCUACCUGAAUGGUGAUAGUUUGCGAUCCACUCUGAAGACAACUGGCAAUGCCAACUUGAAUUAUGGAGAUCUCAAGCUCGAAUUUGAUGUGGAUGAAAGCUUAGCCUUGGAGGGAGCUGUUAAUCGUUUAUACACUCUGCUGAAACUCUCUUCCAACAAUGAAGUAAGUAUUGGACAGUUCAACACAAAAGGAAAGCAUACUGCUCAGGCUACAGUUGAUCUGGGUCUUCUUAAGUCACUGGAGGCUGAUGUGAAAGUUGACUUGUCUCAGCCAAGCACCUUCGGUAAUAUUGGCAUCUCUGAGGUAUUGGUAGUGGAGUUCACUGUACCCAAGCAGAAAAUCGAUUACAUCUCAAAGAUCAUCUCUCCAGUAUAUAGAAUGGAUGUUGUUGCUAACCUAAAUGGAAAUGCCCCAGUCUUCAAAGGUAUUUUCAAGUCUACGACUACUUCACCAGCUGUGUUCCUGCAGUAUGAUCUCGACAGCUCUAUGAGUACUAAAAUGGACAAUGACGCCCUGACUGUUGAAGCUAAUGCUGUACUUACACAUGCAGACUUUACUAUGGACAUCAGCAAUGUUAUUAGCAUGAGCGAUCCCAACCACACCCUGAUUGUGGAUAUCACUAGUCCAACAUUCACUGACGUAAACGUUCGCUAUGCCGUUGGAAGAGAUGGGGCAAGUGCCUCAGUUUCCACACCAUCAGCUGGUUUCCUUGGUUAUCAGCUUCAGGCAACAAAUCCAUCCCACAUGUAUGCAAGGAUCUAUAGCCGUUAUGCUUCUGGCCCACAAAAUGACAUUGAAAUUCUGGAAAUCAGAGCAGCACCAAUGGGAGAUGAAAAAAUGCUUCUGUCUGCCACCUACAACUCAGAUGCUCCACGAGACAUGUUCAUAGGUCUAAAGGAGAGACUGCCUGCCAUGUUAUCUAGUGUUACACAGUUUGCUGAAAAGUCCAGCAUGCUUGAUGCCUUUGAAACGCUAAGAAACAGCAUUCUUAAUUUCUUAAAUGAGGCAUACAAUGCUGCUUCCAGCCAUGCCCCACAGCUUAGUCAGCUUUCUGAUCUUUAUAAAAAUGUAGUUGUCCAGUAUCAAACGACCACCCAGACCUUGCUUGAUGAUGUCAUCAAGUUUCUGACAGAGACACGAUUUGUACUUCCUGGAAUGGAUGAGGCAACCCUGCCUGAAAUCUGCAGAAAAAUCUGUUCUGAUAUUGGAAAAGUGCUCAAGAAGUUCAUGAUCGUUUUUAAUGAGUACUUGGAUCAAUACUUUUUUCCCAUCUUUGAGACCAUCAGCACAGUCCAACUAUAUUUACCUUAUGGAGAGGUUAUAACUGUGAAAGAGAUCCAAGAUUCAGUAAGAGAAAUACUGAGAGGUAUCAGUGAUGAGAUUACAAGAAUGAUACAAGAACCGGACAGCCCUGAUGUCUAUCUUGAGAAACUUGGAAAGGCUUAUGAAGACGUUAUCGAUAAAUUGAAGUCAGUCGACAUUGAAGAUACUGCUGCUUCCCUCUACAUUUCAUUCAUUCGUGAGUUCAGGAGACUGGAGGACAAAUUUGAGACAUCGGUGGCCUAUGAGCAGUUCAUUGCUGUGCUUGAACAAUACGUUGUGCCCUUCUUCGAAACUUUUAAUAAGCUGCUUACAGAUGUGAUCAGUUCCCUUUCCACCCAGGCUGAGACAACGGUUAAAGUUAGUGAUGGAAAGGUGGAAAUUGAGUUUCCUUUCCCAUUUGUCCAUUGAAAUGAAACUAACAGUGAAUGAAAUAAACACUACCAUUGAAAAGAACAAUCUUAAAAGACCAUUUAGGCACUUAACUGAAGUGUAGUACCAACAUGUACAUAAAGAAAUACCGACACUUUACACACCUCAUUAUGCAUGCUAUUUUGUUUGUAUAAAUGACGAUUCAAAUACUAACCCAAGUGUCAAAACCAAAAA